AUGUGGAUGAACGAAUGUCUAGCCUGUCCCUCGGCACGGGACUCUGGAGUGGAGGCCUGGAUCUGCCAUCUUGCUGAAGCCCAUGUCAUGCCAACCGAAUGGACCAGCGAGCGUGCCGCCCGCCUCGUUGGCCCCGCGGCACGGACGCCCUACACUCUUAUUACGGAGUCCAAAAAGAAGCGGUGUCGUGGCAGCGUACCUCGACCUCUUAACAGCUUCAUGAUCUUUGCCCAACACAUUCGUCGCAACGUCCUGCGCGUCUUUGGAAAGGCCUCCAAUUCCGUGAUCAGUCGUCAGCUCGGUGAGAUCUGGCGUACCCUUCCACGACCUGUGAAGGAACGAUACGAUGCGGAGGCUGCUCGGCUGGUGAAGAUCCACCAGAUCGAGUUCCCAGACUACAAGUACCAGCCAAAGAAGAAGACUCCUGCUGUCGCUGCUGUUUCUGUCUCCACAAACCUACUCUCGGCUGCCGCCGCUGCUGUAGGUGGUGCUGAUGUUCACCGCAAACGUUCUGCCACCAUGCCCUCUAUAAACCAGCUGACUGCUCGCACAACCCGACUUCCCAGC